AUGAUCAGAAUUGCUAUCAACGGUUUCGGUAGAAUUGGUAGAUUAGUCUUGAGAUUGGCUUUGCAAAGAAAGGACAUUGAGGUUGUUGCUGUCAACGAUCCAUUUAUCUCUAACGACUAUGCUGCUUACAUGGUUAAAUACGAUUCUACUCAUGGUAGAUACAAGGGUACUGUUUCCCAUGAUGACAAGCACAUUAUCAUUGAUGGUAUCAAGAUCUCUACCUACCAAGAAAGAGACCCAGCUAACUUACCAUGGGGUUCUCUAAAGAUUGAUGUCGCUGUUGACUCUACCGGUGUCUUCAAGGAAUUGGACACCGCUCAAAAGCACAUUGACGCUGGUGCCAAGAAGGUUGUUAUUACUGCACCAUCUUCUUCUGCUCCAAUGUUUGUUGUUGGUGUUAACCACACUAAAUACACUCCAGACAAGAAGAUUGUUUCCAACGCUUCUUGUACCACCAACUGUUUGGCUCCAUUGGCCAAGGUCAUCAACGAUGCUUUCGGUAUUGAAGAAGGUUUGAUGACCACUGUCCACUCCAUGACCGCCACCCAAAAGACUGUUGAUGGUCCAUCCCACAAGGACUGGAGAGGUGGUAGAACUGCUUCCGGUAACAUCAUUCCAUCCUCCACUGGUGCUGCCAAGGCUGUCGGUAAGGUCUUGCCAGAAUUGCAAGGUAAGUUGACCGGUAUGGCUUUCAGAGUUCCAACCGUCGAUGUUUCCGUCGUCGACUUGACUGUCAAGUUACAAAAGGAAGCUACUUACGACCAAAUCAAGAAGGCUGUUAAGGCUGCCUCUGAAGGUCCAAUGAAGGGUGUUUUGGGUUAUACCGAAGAUGCUGUUGUCUCAUCUGACUUCUUGGGUGACACUCACGCUUCCAUCUUCGAUGCUUCCGCUGGUAUCCAAUUGUCUCCAAAGUUCGUCAAGUUGGUUUCCUGGUACGAUAACGAAUACGGUUACUCCGCCAGAGUUGUUGACUUGGUUGAAUAUGUUGCCAAGGCUUAA